AUGGGGACAGGGCCAAGCACAGCAGAAGACCGAAGCCAGCCGGCCUCACCAGCUCUCCCCUCGGCUCGGCCGCCUCCCUGCACACCUGCUCCCGCACCCGCAGCCCCCGCCCUCACGGAGCUCCCAGGGAAGCCGGACUGGGCCGUUGGGGUCUCGGUGAGAUGCCGAGGGCCCACGGGGACUGGCACCAGGCUUGGCUUCGGUUCUCAAAACCACGAGGGCCUGGGUGAAGCUCCUGCUGGUCAGCAGGCCCGUGGCCGUGACCUGGGGACAGAUGAGCAGGAGCCAAGGUGUGAGAGUACUCCUGUCCCCAGCGCCCAGCUGGCCCUGUCCAGGCCGCGGCCCGCCCGCCCUCGCGCCCCUGGCCAGUCUCUUGACGGAAGGGACUGCACAGAUUAUCUCGGGUCCUUCCUGUCCUGCUCCGAAAGUCGUUUCCACCGGACGGGGCGAGCAAGGCGCCCACCACCAACGGAGAGCGUGACAGGGACGGUGGGGGUCCCUGGCGGGCCUGAGCCGCAGCCCCAGGGCCGGACCCUUGCGUGUGUGAACAGUCGGCCCUUUGAACCUGGCUGGUGGGUAGUUGCGUCCUGGUGCGGUGGCCUUACCGGCGUCUCUGGUGUGUUUAGAAACUUGAUUUCUGUCAUGUGCCUUGUGGUGAGUGAGAGGCUUCGGCCAGAACCCCCCGGACAGCCUCCCCGUGACGGCGUGGCCCUGGGCUCUGGGGUGCGGCCGCUCUGGGGGCGGGGAUGGUGCUGCCCGUCAGUGGGUGCCCGCCCCCGGAAGGGCACUUGGGAAGGCGGUGGCCCCUCCUUGAGCGAGGGCUCGGUCACAGUGCAGACACCACGCAGCACCGACUUUUGCGGCUGGAGGGUUAUCUGUCUUAGCUGAAGCCAGGUCCCGGCGCUCGUCCCCGGCGUUCGGCGGCACCUGUCUCGUCCGACCCGCAGGGCGGAAAAUCCUCUCGGCUUCUUGAUCCUGAGGGAGGGAGAGAAAGGGCAGG